CAUCAUCCAUCAAUACCGGUUGCGUAUUCCACAAAAAAGGAUGAAACAUACGCAAAUAUUUCAAAUCUCUUAAAUAAAAUUGAAUACUAUAAAUAUAAAUGGGAAGUAUGCGCAGACUUCAAAAUGAUUGCAAUAUUGACUGGAAUGCAAACAGGAUACACAAAAUAUAUCAAAAUAUAUGUGCUUUAUUUGUAAAUGGGAUUCACGUGCUACCUGCAGCCAUUAUCUUAUUAAAUAUUUCGAAGAACGUAAAGAAAAUAUUAUUGGUGACUUAAAUGUAAUCCAUGAAUCUCUUGUCCCAAAAGAUAAGGUCAUACUUCCACCGCUGCAUAUUAAGUUGGGCGUGGUGAAAAAUUUUAUUAAAAGCUUAAAUACACAAAGAUAUGCUUUCAAACGCAUUCAAACAAUUUUCCCCAGAUUAUCUGCAGCAAAAUUAAAAGAAGGAAUGCUCGUUGGACCCGAUAUAAGAAAAUUAUUACAAGAUGAAGAAUUUUAUGGUCAUCUGUCGGAUAUGCAAAAGACAGCAUUUGACUUUAUACAGCUGGUUAUAUCAGAAUUCCUUGGAAACUCAAAAUCACAAAACUAUGCAGAAAAUAUUGAAAGCAUGCUAAUCGGUUUUAACAAUAUUGGCGUUAAGACGUCACUAAAGCUGCAUUUUCUGCACUCUCAUCUCAAUUUUUUUAAAGAAAACCUAGGAGCGGUUUCAGAUGAACACGGUCAAAGGAUAUAUAGGUAUUGGAAAAAAGAUUCAAAGGGAAAUGCCAAACUGUAAUGCUUGCUGAAUACGUAUGGGGCUUGUACAGAAACCUUGACACAUCGGAACAUUCACGUCAAGCUAAAUACAGGAAAGCAUAUUAAGUUUAAUCUUUAAUCCAUUGUCCUACUACUGCUGAAGCAAAAAAAUAAAUAUGUACCUACUAUAAUAAACCACUAUUAAAACAAAAUUAUAAUUUUUUUAUCAAUCGUAAAGAGCUUUACAAUGGUGUCUUUGGUGACUCCCACUGAAAUUGUCCGCCAAACAUUUUCGUAGAAUAUUUUAAUCCUUAAAUGUCCUUUUUUAAAGGAUAUUUUUUGAUUUUCUCGAAAAAAGGGUCAAAUUGACCCAUAAAGAAACCGGUUAGAGGGUUAAGAUCUUCCACAAAAAUAAUCCUCAUACAAUUCCACAAUACAACUCUGACCUUCCUGACUCCCUUCGACCAAAAAAUGAAAACUUUGACCCACUGUAAAAAAAAACUCAGACGUGCUGGACCAUAAGUUUGUUCUACAAAAAUGAUCUACUCAACAUACCCUUUCAGAAUUAUAGGGUCGCUAUUCUGUUCCAAAAAUGCUGUUGGACAGUGUUAUUGUUAUUUUUAAAUACCUAAGAUAUGAAUAAAGAUUUCCUUAGAAUAAACCUAUAACCUAGCUUUUAUGAUAUCCAAGAUACCACUGUUUUUGAGGAAAACUGAACCAUGUGUGAAUAAUUAUGUCCGCCUCUGUAAAUAAAUUGCGAGAUUAUAAGAUGAUCGGUUAUACCCGAACUUAGCCCUUCUUUCUUGGUUCUAUUGGACUUUAUGUCGGAUAUAUGGAUCAAAUUGUGUGUUAUCUAAAUAAAAAUAUAGCAAUACAUUGCGAGAGUAUAAAAUUUUAGUUGCACCCGAACUUAGUCUUUCCUUACUUGUUGUUUUUUGUUUUAUUCUUGUUUAAAUUUUUACUAUUGUUAUUUUUUAUAUUUUCUUAAUACCAAAUAUGUAAAAGUUCAUAUAUGACCUCAUUUCUCUGAGCAAAAAUUAUUACAACAACAAAAGUUAUGAACAUAAAACUGAAAACACAUCAAAUUUCUGGCGUCAAAAGAAAGAGUACAAAUGAACAGGUAGCGAUGGAAACAAAAGUUAAAACUUUAUGUGCUUUCAAUUCGCUUUAAUUAUGGAUGGUAAACGGCGAGGCAUGGAAUUUACAAGUUUUCCUGUUACUUACGGUACAAUUUUUUGUCAUUCUUCCACAAUAACAUUCUUGUGCAUGUACUUACUGCACAUCGUCCUUUUUCUGAUUUUUUUUCAGAUGUGACAGUUAGUGCUAGCACAAUUCGUCGGACACUACAUUAAAGUGGCCUACAUGGUCGAGUUCCGUUUAAAGCGUUUAAAUUUUGGUAAAAGGUAU